AAGUAUUGGACUGCUAGAGAAAGGGUGGAGUGUCAGAGGCAGAGUAAGAACAGAAGUAAAGGAAGUCACAACAAGAUGCAAAGCCAACAAGAUGCUCUCAUCCCGCGGUCUCGGGGGAAUUUACCUAAGGUGUGCGCUGCGACGCUGGCUGCCAUAACAAUAGGAGGCAUCAUGUUUCUGUCUCCUGAAAGGUUAUUUGGCUGGGUUGCUAUGGCAACACUUGUCUUGACCCUUGGCCCUCUGCUGCACGGGCUCUGUCUGCUGGCAGAGGAGAUGCUGCACCACUCAAACACAAGGUAUCAAGGGAGGCUGAGUCGUGUGCCUUCAGCCUGUGGUUUGGGGGGAAAGACUCUGCUGGCUGCAGCGUUGGGGAUCCUCCUCCUCUACGUGGUUGGAUCUCCUCUGCCCGACAGUGGCCAGUCCUGGACACUCGUCUUCCUAGUGCCCAUUCUGUACGCGCUGCUCAAAAGCCUGGGCGUCCUGGGUCCAUCGGAGGUGGAGGUGUCGGACAUCUGUGAGGGGAGGAAGAUGAACGUGGCCCACGGCCUGGCCUGGUCCUUCUACCUGGGUUACUUACGACUGGUGCUGCCACGUUUGAAGGAUUCAAUCAAAUCAUUUUGUGCCACUCAUCAGUCGAGCAGUCCCUGCUGGGGCCGCGGCUCCAGGAAGCUGCUCAUCCUGAUUCCUCUUAACGCCAACAUCGCUCACAAGCUGGAAGACGAGGACGACAACAUUCGUUUCUACGACAACCUCCCAAACACUGAGAUAGACAGGGCAGGAGUCCGCGGCCGGGUCUACAAGCACAGCGUCUACAGAGUUCUGGGCGAGGAUGGGAAGGCUCAUGACUGUGUGGCAGAGUAUGCCACACCUUUGCUGACAUUCUACAACAUGUCCCAGGAGAGCAGUGCAGGAUUUGGGGAGCCUGAGCGCAGGCAGCAGGUCCUGCUCUUCUACAGAACCCUGCAGAACAUUCUGGAUCAGUCGCUGGAGUGUCGAAACCGCUACAGGCUCAUCCUGCUCAAGGAUGAACAUGAUGACGACCCUCACUACUUGUCCAAGACCAUCCUCGGACACCUGCGGCAGCAGGAGAAAGAGGAGUUCUGCCUCACAACACCUCCUCAGCAGGACACGGGGCACCCAUUAGCAGGUGUCCGGCCUUGUGUUCCACACGGUGACUGGCAGCACAUAGAGGCAGAGAGCAGGGAGCCCACGCUCAUGUUCAGUCUGGAUAAACCUCAACCUCUGAAGGAACCUAUUGAGAUCACUGACCAUUUCCAAGAGGCACCAUAAUAAACACAUACUAUAAACACACACACACACACACGUUUGCACAGUAUUCAUAGUGAGGACACGCUUAGACAUAAUGCAUUCCUUAACCAACCUAAGCCUAACCAUGUCUUAACUAGACAGAACGUGAGGACCAGCCAAAAAUGUCCUCACUUUCCCAAAAUGGCCUCACUCCCUAUGGUUUAUACGUUUUUUUGGUCCUCACAAAGUGACCCAUACAAGAAGACACACACACAUUCUUGUGCAGUGUUCUUAGUGAGGACACAAGUAGACAUAACGCAUUCCCUCACCCCUUAGCCUCACCUUAAAAGUCAAAUGUGUACCAUACACCUGUACAUGGACCAAAGUAUGAAGUACUGAAUCCAGGUCUUUCAAACAGGCUUCAUCUUAUCUCCAAUGAAGGAGAACACCUCAGCAUAACAAGACUCACCUCAGUGCACAAAGCCAUGGUCAUGGUCAUAUAAAGACAUGGUGUGGAAGAACUUGACUGACCACCACAGAGUCCGGACCUCAACCCCAUCGAGCGCCUUUGGGAUGAACUGAGCAGAGAUUGAGAGCCAGUCCUUCUCGUCCAACAUCAGGGCCUGACCUCAUUAAUGCUCUACAGAAUGAGAGGACACAAAUUCACAUAGAAACACUUUAAAAUGUUGCUUUAAAAAACUUUAAAAGUGUGGAAGCUGCUAUAGCUCUAAAAGAGAGAACAACUCUCUCCCAGAAUAUUAAAGUCCUGCAUGUGUGUUUGAAUACAUCAUUACAGUCACUGUUGGUGUAAUGGUCAAAUACUACAAUAUGUCCAAAUACUUUUGUCCAUAUAGUGUAUAGGAAGGUUAACUAUCAAAAAUGUGAACAUGCUAUCCAUAAAUAUGUUUGUGUGUAAUUGCUUUAAAAUCAUUUGGUUUUCGUGGCGUCAGAAUAAUGUAAGUGAAAUAUAACUGUCAUUGACUGCAAUAAAAACAAGUGUGUAAGAA